AUGAUAUAUGGCUGGCUGCUGCUAAUCGGGAUACGUAAGUAGCACGCACUCCAGCUCCACUGUAAAGGAACAUGAGACUGCACUGAGUAGGCCGAUACGAAGCAAGACGAUAUCCGGAAUUGCACUCCCAUCUAAACGAAAGAGCCCCAGGAUCAAGAGCAUACCUAUUCACGACAUCUGCUUCCGAGACAAGCCACACAAGUCCAGUCACCAUCCACGACAAGAAAGGCUACAGCGCAAAAGCGACCACAUCUACAAUCUCGUCUUCCUUUAAAAGAAGAAAAAGAAAACACAAGGAGAAACCCAUCUCUCAGCUCAGAAAACACCACCACCAACCCUCCCUCCCGCCUGAUCCCAAGACCCCCCAAAUCCAUCUCCAUCAUGCCCUCCUGCCGCCGCUGCUCCGGCCAAGGCCAAGUCCCCAAGCCAUGCAACUCCUGCAACUCCACCGGCCACACUCGGCAGCGCAUGCGAUGUUACCAAUGCAAAUCCAAGGAUGCCCCCACUGCUGCAGCCUGCACCCUCUGUCGCGGACGUGGUCAACUGAUGAUUCCGGUGAAUUGUACCAAUUGCUCUGGGAGUGGGACUGCGUUGCGGUUGACGUGUGGUGAUUGUGGGGGGAGUGGAAGGUCGGCUUC